GUAACACCUAACCAAUCGUCCUACAGGUCUAUGAUAGGCGCUUGUACGCAUUCACCAGUUUGAUGCAUUCUUCAAGUCGUCACCCCAGAUUCGCUACACAGGAGUCGGGGAGGCCCGUAGGUUCUCCCAGUUCUCUCAUCCUUUCAAUAUCAUAAGGUCUCCGGAUCGCGCUUCUCAUGCUAUCUGUGCAGUUACUGCCAUGCUUCAUACCACAGAUUCGUAGAUCUGAGUCAACUCGAUAUUCUAGCCGGACGAAAUGGAAGACCUUGAAUCCCUUACAGGAUCAGCUCUCGUCAUCAUGCUAUGGGGUGUCGUGGGCGCCGAUCUGGGGUCGUCAGACUUGGUUGCUCUGGACUCUUCUCACUUGGCUGAUAUCGGGCCAAGAUAUCGAUACCAUGUUUUGGCCGCUCACAUCAACUCGAUCUGCGAGACGUGCAAGCGAGCACUUUUAUUGGUCUGUGAUUAUCCCAAAUGGGUGCGCUCAAAAUGGGUUACCAGAAGGUUACAGAAGGUUACCAGCUACUGUGGGUAAUGCGCUAAUUGUUGAAUUGUUUGAUGGGGGUUCAGAUGGAAGUUUUCAGUUGUUUUCACGUCUGUUCUCACAAAAGUUGUCAGUUUUUUUUCCGGUGUCAUUUGUGAAAACGAGGUGUUGGCUGAGUUUGGAAUACAUCCUCCUUAAGGCCUCAAGGCCUUAAGUCGCGUGGGGAGUGUCUAUGUUUGUUAGCCUGGCGACAUCUUGUAUUACACCGAAGGAAUCAUCUCCGGUGGCGGAAGCUGUUCUUCGAGCCAAGCUGGCUGCUCACAGUACCCUCAAAGGCUGAAAACCGAACCGAAAAUUGCCGACCGCUACAAAGCCCGAUGCGUCAAGUGCCGAAAAACCUCUUUUUUUUUUUGUCCUUGAAAACUUGUUGAAAACAGCUGAAAACUUCCAUCGAACUGGUUGAGUUUGAGUGUUUGAAGCGAAUUUGAUCAUAUGUCCUUGCAACCGAUCGCUACCUGUAACCUG